AUGCCUGUAAUAAGAAGCGGUUCAACACGGGACAUUUACAAGGCACCCUUGUCUGCCGUAUUUCGUCGCCACGGUCGUGAGCAUCGUAAACGCUGGAGUCGAGGUGAAGACCCGGGUGACUUCAUGCCUCCCCACCAAGACGAAGAGCCCAGCCAUGAGCCUUCUGAGUUCGCAAAAGGGAAACAACCUGAGCCUCACCGUCUUCCAUCUAGAGCUGGUUACGAUACAGCUGUGCUUCUUGACUUGUGCGACACCAUUCGCAUUAGCCUGCAUGAAGGACGUCCCGAGGACAGGUGGGAAGAAGCCAUGGGGUUUCUCGCGGCACUGCUAAGAGACGAGGAGCACUACAAUCGCGCAAUAGAAUUCGAGACUAUACGAGACACGCACCUUGACAAGCUUAUAUCAGAUCUCAUCGAUCCCAAAUAUCGCCACCCAAGGGUACCUAUUAGAUUUUCAAAAGACGUCGAAAGAGCAGAGGCAUUGGAACGGAAAUGGGUUGAAAGGUUUCGGGGUCCCUACUUCAAUAUGGAGCAAAACCGCUACCGAGAUCUCCCCAAAACGGGACGACUCAGGGAUGUGGCUCUGAACCCCAAUGCAGACAAUUCAGAGGAACGCUGGCAAGCCAAAGAAGGCAAGACCUUGUCAGAGCUGGAGGGUAAUCUGGAAAUCGAGCCUGGGCAGUAA